CGGGUUCAGGCUCGUCGUGGCGUGCCGUCAGGCUGCGCGUCAGGCUGCGUGCACGGCUGAAUAGACUGGCUAUGGCCUCCUGCGGCCUGCCAUCAUGCUCGCGGAUCUGCCAAGGUCAGUUCAACUACUGCUCACGCGCCCACGCGCUCGAGGCGGAGCUGUUGAGUGGCGGUGUUCAGGCGGACGCCGAGCCCUCAUAUGAGGUGCUGCAAGCGCUGGAGACGCUCGGCGGAGGAGCUGUGCCGACUGGGUUGAGCGACGGAGAUCUCGCGCGGCUGCCCCGCAAGCGAGUCGUGCUUCUCCCGCGCCGGACAACGCGUGCGUCUGCAGGUCGACCUGCGGACGACAAGUCUGUGAACGUCGAAGCUGGAGGCGCGGACUGCCUGAUCUGCCUGCAGGCCUUCACUGAAGGCGAGGAGCUGGUCUUGCUACCCUGCGGCUCUGAGCACACAUUCCACGAGGGGUGUGUCAUGCAGUGGCUCAGGCAGAAGCCAACGUGCCCCGCCUGUAACCGCGAUUGCCGUUCGAACAUCCCGCCGCAAAGGUGAACGUGUGCCCGAGUCGCACGGGCUCGGCUGAAACGGGGGCGGCCCACCCAGGAAAGUCUGAGUCGAGGAGGACAGUGCACAGGAACGGGCUUACUCUCUUCUUUCGCAGGAACGGGCUUAUCUGCCGACUGUUGAGCUAUCAGCCCGCGCCGCGCGUCGCGCGCGUCGCCGCAUGUUUGGGGCUCGCCCGAGAUGGCCAGUUCUCUCGCCCUCCCUGGCCCAGUCGGCAGCCGCUCUGGCCUCUGUGCGCCGGGGCGGCGUUGUGUUGGGGCAUAGGGAUCCUUUUGUUUUCUGUGUGCCAUUCCGCAAGGUGGUCCAACUCGGUAUGCUCCCUGGCCCGAUUU